CUGGGCAACCCGAGUUCAGGAACACGUUUUCUUGCCAGGAAAGCACCCCCGUCUCUCUUACCUAUAAAUUUAACCAAACCCUAAAAACCAGAAUCCCCAAGAAAAGUGAGAGAGAGAGAGAGGGUGAGAGGGAGAGAAUGGCUCACAGACACUCGGAUCACGAACAAGGAUCCGACCCCUCUACGCAGGCCCGAUUCUACGACCCCUACCAGGGCAUCCAGUUUCCGAUCCCCGCUCGGAAUGUUUACCAGCUCCCAACGGGACCGCAGUACCUCUUCGACGAGGAGGCUAGCCGUAACCGCCGAGGAUGGAGCGACAACAUCACCUUCCUCACUGGUUGCGGAUACCUUGCCGGCGCAAUCGGCGGCGGCGUCUCCGGAUUGGUAUCCGGCGUCGGCUCCUUCGAGCCCGGAGACACCACUAAGCUCCGCCUCAACCGGGUCCUCAACUCCUCUGGCCAUGCUGGCCGGGCCUGGGGCAACCGGCUUGGCGUCAUCGGCCUCAUGUACGCCGGCAUGGAGAGCGGUAUUGUGGCCCUCAGGGACACGGACGACGUCUGGAAUAGCGUGGCGGCUGGGCUUGGAACUGGCGCCGUGUAUCGGGCUGCGCGUGGCGUCAGGUCCGCGGCGGUGGCGGGCGCCCUCGGUGGAGUCUUGGUCGGUGUUGCCGUCACGGCAAAGCAGGCGAUGAAGCGAUACGUGCCCAUAUGAUGAUUCCGAUUCUAGUCUCUGUUUGGGCCUCUGCAAGGCUUAUAUGUUUUCCUGCUUCGAAGAUUGGAAAUUUUGAUAGUUCAUAUCUGACAAUAGGUGUAAUGAUUCGAUUCAUGAAUAGUUUAUGCAUGGGAGAGACAUGCUUUGGUAGUAUUUUUGGUUUGUCAUGUUUUCGUUUGUUUUUCCGAUGUAAUUUUUCCAAAUGUUGGAUAAAGAAUAAAACUUUGAAUGAAUACAAACUUCAGCAUA